AUGGAAAAGGGACUGGUACAGGAACCAGAGUGGAAGCCUGGGAAGCAGGAGUACGCUGUCAUGCUCACGCUUGCCGUCAUCUCUCUCAUGGUAGCACUUGAUGCGACGAUUCUUGUUUCUGUUCUUCCAACUCUGGCUGUUGAUCUUCAAGGCACCGCGACUGACGCCUUCUGGGCCGGUACCUCGUACCUACUCACUUGUGCCGUGUGCCAACCCUUCAUUGCUGCCCUGUCCGAUAUAUUUGGUCGCAAGGAGAUGCUCCUUGUUUCCAUCGUCCUCUUCACCCUCGGCACGAUUAUUUGCGCCCCGGUCGCCAAGACCUUUGCCGUCCUCUUUGUUGGUCGGUCCAUCCAGGGCAUUGGAGGCGGCGGCAUCAUCACGAUGGGCCAGGUCAUCUUCGCGGAUAUUGUCCCGUUGCGGCAGCGGCCCAAGUACUUUUCGCUGGUCAUGGCGGCUUGGGCAUUGGGUAGUGUCCUAGGGCCGUUUGUGGGUGGGUUGUUUGUUGAGCAUGCGACGUGGGGCUGGUGCUUUUACAUCAAUCUGCCUUUCUGUGCCAUCGGCCUCGUCCUCGUCCCCAUCUACGUCAAACUUUCAACGGCCAAGUCCUCCCUAGUAUCCAAGCUCGGCCGUGUCGAUUGGAUCGGGGGUUUCUUCUUCAUCGGUGGUCUCACUAGCUUUCUGAUCGGAAUAUCGUGGGCCGGUGUGCAGUAUGCGUGGAACAGCGCCGCGACAAUCGCCCCCAUGGUGGUCGGCGUUGUUAGUAUCGUCAUCGCCAUUUUCUGGGAAAUAUACGGCGCACAAGAGCCGUUCCUUCGACCUUCACUGUUUCACUCAGCCUCGGCUAUUGCCACAUAUUCCUGCGCCUUGUUCCAAGGUUUUAUUCUUUUCUGUGCUCUUUAUUACCUUCCCUUCUAUUUCACGGCUAUUAAGUUCGCGUCGCCCACGAUAACUGGUCUGAAUAUUUUUCCGAUUACGUUCUUCCUUCUCCCCGGAAGCAUCGUUAUCUCGUUGAUCACCACUCGGAUUGGUCGGUACCGAUGGGCCAUCUGGAUGGGUUGGGCUAUCACAGCCGUGUCUGGCGGCUUGUUGGUCCUCCUUGAUGAAAGCACCCCAACUCGUAUCUGGGCUGUCAUAUUUGCCGUUUUCGGUAUUGGUAAUGGCAUGGUUCUCACCAGCGUCAAUAUCGGAGUUCAGGCCGUUAGCCGAGUUGAAGAUGCCGCUCGGGCCGCUGCCAUGUACGCCUUCAUGAGAACGUUGGGAAUGUCGCUUGGCGUGGCCGUUGGUGGUACCGUGUUCCAAAAUGUCAUGAGCAGCAAGCUUCAUGAGCUGGGGCUGCCUGAGGAAAUUUCCCACAACUCCGAGGCUUUCGUUCAGGUGAUGGCGGCCCUAUCGCCGACGGAUCCAGUCAGAACUGGAGCUAUUCUAGCUUACAUUGCUGGAUUUCACGGAGUUUAUUGGGCGCUUACUAGCGCCGCCAUCGCCUCCUUUUUCAUAAGCCUCAUCAUCAAGCGCCACAGCAUGGAUAAGUCGUUGGAGUCCAACUACACACUUCGCGGGUCUCAGAACCCUAGCCGCCCGGUGAUAAAGGCUGGGCCAUCGCCAACAGCCUCGCAGGACUGGAACAACCCUCCCGGCGCUGUUAGCUACAAUGGGUAUGCGCACCCGGAAGUUGAACAAGAAACUGUGUACCCAGAAGCAUUCCCGGCUACCCACACCUACACAGUGCCAAGUACAAUGCCCAUGGCCCCUCAAGAGCAGAACCUUGUCGGGGGGACCCAUCCAACGAUCUCACGGAUGGAGGAGCCAAUUACUGCUUACUACAUUCAACCGGGCGGUAGGAUCGUCCCGGUGAACAUUCUUCCAGAGAACCAGCAAGGGGGGGAGAUAUCGGGCAUGUCCUUGGGAAAUCACGGGUAUGAUGCGCGAUAUAGUAAUAGUGUAUGA